UUUGCCACAAACGCUGCAUUUUAUAGACGGAGUAAAAUAAGCAAGCAGCAGAUACAUUAAUUAAAGUAACUAAUAGUUUUGUCGGGGCAGUGACAGCGAGAGAGAGAGAGAGAGAGAGAGAGAGAGAGAGAGAGUUUGGUUGGGGAGAGAUGGAAGGCGUAGGGUCGAGAUUGAGCCGAACGUCAUCGAGAUAUAGUGGUCCGGCUGCGACGGCGGUGUUCAGCGGCCGUGUAAGGAAGUGGAAGAAGAAGUGGGUACGUGUCUCCACGUCACCAGUCGGCGUUUUCCGAGCAUCUAAAUCCAACGGUCGUAGCAACAACAACAGCAGCAGCAAUUCCCCACACCAUCUGCUUCUCCAUAAGUGGACUCCACUUUCCUCCGAAGCUAACGGUUCCGGUGAGACGGAGGAGACGCCUAAACGAAGAUUCAGAUACGCUCCUAUUGCGAUGUUUGAGCAUAGGGAGAGAGUGGGUGCUAAGGGUUCUGAGGUUGAAGCGGAAGAGACUGACGAAUUCGACAAUGAUUCUCCAUUGCCUAAAGCCGUUGGGCUGGACAUGAACUUAACUGACUCAGACCAAACUAAGGAGGCAAAAACUCGUCACUUGAAACUGGGACUGUGUCUUAAUUCUGAAGGGACUGAAGAAUGAAGAGAGAAAUCAUGCUAAACUGAGGCUACCUACCAUGUCUCAUAGUUUAACUCUUAUAGUAUCUUUCUGGAUCUGUAUCUUGUUGUAGUAGUGUAUCUCUAGUUAGAAGAAGCUAUAUGUGUAUCUUACAUGAAUGAUCAAAGAGCCUGGCUCCAUCAGUAUCAAAAUCAUAUCAUCCAAUGUUCCAUUGUUA